AGAUUGACCCCGGCAUCCUCUGGAGUUCUAGCCGCGCUCCGCGAACGAAGUGACUGUUGACAUCCAAAUAUGGUGCUUUAAAGGCGUGGUACCCAGAGCUCACUUGGGAAUAAACAAGUGAUCACACUCCCAUUCGGCACCCCGAUCCGACCUUCGAAGAACGACAUCGACUUGCACCCAUGACAUCAACCAGAGCUAAAGAACUCAUCAGUACAGGAAGGAACCUGGCUUCAACUUGGUCGUUGCAUCUCAGAGUAUGCCGUUCGGAAGAUCUACCAUUCCAACAACAGCGACGCUUGGUGUUCACAGCCCCGUCACUAAAGAAACAUUCGCGUGGAGCUGUCCGCUCCGAGUAUAUUUCCAACCACCACUCGGUACCAUCAUCCGAAGGUUCAUCAAUAUCCAAAGAUGAGCUGGCGAGCUUUGAUCGUCGCCUAAAGUUCCUGAGUGCUACCGGGAACUAUUCCAACCCACGAAUCAACCCCUCAGAGUCAACAACCUCGACAGCGACAAGGAUAGGACCCAAACCAAAAAAGACUUGGAAACGAUACCGCCCCGGAUUCCAACCUGGCGAUUUCAUAUGUCCCCAAUGCGGGACCCAUAACUUUCGUCCACCAGAACAUAACCUCACCACCAUGAUGGAAUCCAAGGUCCAGCCUAAGCGCUCCAGCUCUGAAGCCACGAAAACUCCAACUGUAUCGCCGGCGCUAUCGAUGUUUCUGACUGACGAUUCUAAAAAACCAUCUCGGACCGGAGAGACGACGCAGGAGGAGGGAAUCACGAAGCUGACGCGGCAUCGGAGAGUACUUCUACCACCUUCGCGCAAAUACCCACUCGGCGCAUUGAAUCACUGUUUCGAGUGCGGUUUCGAAACCUCCUACGAACUCCCCUCGCAACCCUUGAAAGAAUCCACCCCCGCCCCUUCCCCAACAACGCCUACAGCAACAUCUCCGUCAUCAUCUCCAUCCCCGUCAUCAUCACCAUCCUCGUCAUUGUCGUCGUGGUCGUGGUCGCAAGACUCAGAGACGGAUACCAAAACCAGUGUAGAAUCAACAAUCGCUCAUCGAGCAGACAUCCGACUCUCCAAGCCGCGAGACUAUGUCUGUCCACAGUGCCAGACCGUCAACUUCAAAAGUCGGUUACAUUGUAUCGGAUGCGGGAAUCUGGCGCCUUGGAUCCGGGAGCGAGUUGAGAAGACUCUCAUGACUGGAAAAAAUCGCAGACAGAGGACGCGCAGCAUAGGUUUUCCUCAAUAAAGCCAAUAAAAACGCCACCAUUUUUUUUUUUACGUGCCAG